AUGGGGGUGGGCGGGCGGGCGCCGGCAAUUCCCCCAGGGGGGCCCUCUCUUUGCCGCCGCGCGCCUUGCCGAGAGCUCUCCCGGAGCGCCUGGCUCGCCCCGCCUGGCGACGGCCUCGCCGAGUCGCCCCCCUUUGCAGGAGAAGAUUUACAGUGGUGGGCGGGCGUUGGCCCUGGCGACGGGCAGCAGAAGAGGUCGGCGGCGAAUGCCGCCGACGACCCCCCGGCCGCAAGCCCCCCUGGCGCGGAGGAGGUGAGAAGCAGAGGGGGGCGACGGGGAUCGCCAACGACCCCCCGGCCGCGGUUGCUUGAGGCGCCCACGUAG